CCUGAUGGACUCUCUGUUUCAAUUAGCAUAGUUAACCCCUCUGGCGUUAAUUUUCAGUUGGAAGUUAUUCUGUCUGGUACUCGUAUCAGUUUCAUUUUUGGUGUGUCGCCAUGAGGUCUAUCAUCUGGGUGCUUAUUUCUUUUCGAUUUGUCUCAGCGAUCCUAGGGAAUUCUACUUAUUUGAUUAAGAAUUCCGGAUCGUUUGAGGACAAGCUGCUUUCGCGCAAAGUCCGUGGUCUGAUAUUCCCGGAUAAGGCCUCUGUUUUGCUGACCGCUGCCUUGACCAAACUUAUAGUGGGUGGUCGACCCAGUGGACUUCAGUAUAGCCUCGAGUUCGACAUUUAUCAUCCACUUCCCGAUACUGUGGAGGGCUGGCAGCCGAAGAUAUUAAAACGCUUCAGACCCAAGACCACGACCACACCAAAACGUCGAUUGGAUUCCAUGCCGUAUUACAGAAGCCCAGACCUGGAGAAUUAUUAUCAAAAUUAUUAUCAGAAUUAUUACCAAAAUGCAGGUGCCUGGGGACCUAACAGAAACUCUUCAACACGCAGGAAUAACUUCAUCGCUCCAAAAACCUACAACCCAACCAUAUUAAAAUCAAAGGCUCAAUCGCAUAGAUUUCAAAGUUCAUCCAUUAAUAGAGAUUUACUUUACCAAACCCCUCUGAGUAUUCCUAAGGUUAAUUAUCUUCGGCCAAAAGAAGAGGUCUACGAAUCCUGGUCUGAAGUUCCAAGCUGGAAAUUGAAUCGAGGCUACAGAGAGCGCAGAGAAAUAUUUGAUCAGUUCGAGGCUAUGGGAAAAGUUUUUCAAAUAGAUCUGAAGUCGUGUAUUAAGAGAGCCAUGUGUGAACUUAGAGCCAAAAUAAACGCAGGCCACCACGAGGGCUUUCUCAUGGAGGAUCUUAUGCGGAUUGUAUUGACGGUGCCCGAGGAGAUAUUGGAUGGCAAGUACAAACAUCGCAAGGACGUCAAGGACUGCGCUCGAUUUUAUGCACCAAGUUGCCCAUACAACGUUCUUAACUUCCUAACACAAAACGGCAAAAAUAUAUAAACCUAGUAGGCCGACAAUCAAAUUCUCGUGUUAUGUCAUUGGACUAGGAAAGCGACACCAGCUUCAGAUUCAUUACACAUUCAGCCUCCGAACUGGACAGUCAUCUAAAUUCCAGUAUCCGAAACCCCAAAAUU